AUGGCGAAUGGAGAGGGGGAUUUUUCCGGGUUGACGCUUGUAGAACUCUUGGACAAGCUUUCCACCAACGCCGAUUUACGAUCUGCCCUUCCGUCGCUUUUCAAAGAAUGCGGCCGUAUUAGCAAAGCCCUGCGCAGCACGAAAGUCACAAAGUCGGGCACCAGCAACAGCUUCGGGGAGGAACAGCUGUCCGUGGAUCUGCUGGCGGAGCGUCAGCUGAGGAAUUGGGCCAAGAAGUGCCCAUUCGUGAGGGCCAUAAGCAGUGAAGAAGAAACAAGUCUGGAGGAAGUCAAUCCUGGGGGCUCCCUCGUUGUUUGCUGGGACCCUCUGGACGGGAGCAGCAUAAUUGACUGCAACUGGAGCGUCGCAUCGAUCUUUGGAAUUUGGCAGAUUGGACAAAAGGGGUUGCAGUGGAAAGGGCCAGCCACACUUAUCGGUGCCACAGGCCGUCAGCUAGUGGCGGCGGUUUUGGUCAUCUAUGGGCCACGAACGACUGCCCUGCUUUCUGCUGGUGGCUCAACGUUCGACCUUCAGCUCGAUCCAGAGGAAGGGGAUCCUGUGGUCUUGAGGGGUCCCUGCAGUAUCCAGAAGGAAGGGGCGAAGAUCUUCUCUCCUGCAAACCUCAGGGCUGCCCAGGACCUGCCGGCGUACAACAGAAUGGUGCAGCGGUGGAUGGAGAAAAGAUUCACACUUAGAUACACAGGGGGGCUCGGUCCUGACGUCUAUCAGUUGUUUGUGAAGGGCCACGGAGUCUUCUGCAACCCCGCGAGCAAUGGGGCGCCAGCGAAGCUUCGUCUUGCGUAUGAAGUGGCGCCGAUAGCUUUCCUAGUGGAGGCCGCGGGGGGCCGUUCGAGCAAUGGGAAGUGCUCUGCUCUCGAUGUGGUAAGGCAGCCGGGCUCCGAUUAUGUCUGCGAGCACUCGAAAAAAUGGACCACCGCACAGCUUUCUGCUGCGGCACAGAGCAAGAAGUCACUGGUUUUGAAGCAGCGUUAUGCUCAUGAGGAAUUUUGA